AUGCUGGGAGAGCAGGAGCGAGAGGAGGAUUUCCAGCGGUUCCUCCGCCGUGUCGAUGAUAUCACCAAUUUAGUGCAAGGCUUGAGCUCCACAGACCUCUCUGUCAGGGAAAAAUCCAUUGCUGACACAGAGAAAUGGCUCCAUGAUCAGGAAACUGCCAAGGAGGAUGACAGCAAGGUCACGGUGAACAGAACAGUCAUCAACACACAGCCUUCUGUAAGGGGAAAGGUGGAGGCAAUGCAUGCAGAUGGAUUCCUGGCAGUUUUGGAAGCUGAUGCAAAAGAACGAGCUAAACGAAGGAAGAGAAAUGAACAAUUAGCAAACGCUCUGAAAGAGGAGGGAAAUGAUUCCUUCAGGAAAGGGGACUAUCUCCUGGCCAUCCAGAAAUACACUGAGGGGCUGGAGAAACUGAAAGGCAAGCAGGAACUUUACACCAACAGAGCUCAGGCCUACCUGAAGAUACACCAGUAUGAAAAAGCCAUUAGUGACUGUGAAUUGGCAUUAAAGUGCAAUGGAAAAUGUAUUAAAGCCUAUUUUCUAAUGGGGAAAGCUCACCUGGCACUUAAGCACUACAGUGAGUCCAGGCAGUGCUAUGAGAAGAUGUUACAAACUGAUCCCCAAAAGAAAAGCCUAUUUGAAGAUUGUGUGAAUGAGGUAAACUUGGAGGAAAAAAGAAUGAAAGAUGAAGAGAAUGCACUGAAGGAAGUUGAGGCUGGAAGUCUGGCUGCUCUGUCCAUAAAGGAGCUGCUGGAGGCACUUGGGAGGCCUGCCCAGAGUAUCCUCUACUAUACAGCAGGGAUCAGGCUUUUGACAGGGGCUGUGAAAAGCUGCACUGAGCAAACUUUAUUUAGAACAAACAAUGGAUUCAGUAUCCUCAAAGACAACGAGACUGUAAGACGGGGCUUCUGUGCAGAGAGAAAAACCAGUGCUGAAGUGGACCUGUCUGUUUCUCUUCUCUUCCUUUGGCAAGCUGUCUGCACAGGAAAUGAAGAAAAUCAGCGUCUCCUGUUGACUCACUGUGCUGUGAAUGCACAGCUGGCAGAACUGCUUUCUUCUGGGAUACCAGAGAUCCAAAAGGAGACCUUGGCACUGAUUUCUCUUUACUCAGGCAAUGAGAAUGGGAGGAGACUCUUGGGCAAGCACCAGGACCUAACCAAAUGGCUGCAGGUUUUGAUGAUGUUUGUCAACAGCACUGAUGCCAGGGCUGACAUUGCCAUGGACAUACUGACUGAUUUAACUGAGCUGGAAAGGUUCAAAGCCCAGUGUCGUGUCACACUUGCCACUGAUGUUUUAACCUUAUUCUCCCAGUUGCUGACCUCUGCCAAGCUGGUGAACCAGGCAGCCCUUGCCCGUGCCAUUGGGAUCAUGGGGAAGCUGUGUGCAGAUGGAGGCAUUCGGGUGCAGAUGGCUGAGAGCCCAGAGUGCUGGCAAGGCUGCUUGAAGCUUCUGGAUGAAUGCAGUGAUGGCAGCACACCCAAAUACCACGAGUGUCUGUUUGCAGUGCUGGGCCUAAUGAUGAACUUACUGCUUGAAUCAAACACCAUCAUCCAGGACUUUGCUGUGGACAUAAGCACCAGGUGCAUGUCCCUCCUCAGGGACAAGGAUGGAAGGAUUGUGACAAGAGCCAUUGGAGUGCUCAGUCGCAUCCUGCCUGCGUCCUCUGCAGCGGUGGAAGAAGUAGUGAAAGGAGGGGUGGUGAAAAAAAUCAUCAAAUUCUUGAAAGCUGGAGGACAGAUCACAUCCAGUUAUGGCCUGAAGACCCUUUGCAUCUGUACCAGAAGUAACAGACAAGCUCAAGAAGAUGUUGUAAAGUCAGAUAAAAGUUUCAGUGUGCUGCUGAAGCUCUUGGACUCAGAGAAUGAAAUUCUUGUGGGCAAUGCUGCUCUCUGCCUUGGCCAGUGCCUCGGGGUGCCUGGAGCAGCAACAUCCUUACUGAAUUCCAGUGUUGUGAGGACUUUGUUGAAACAUGCUGGGGGUGAUGCUACAAGAACCUCAGUGCAGGAGAAUGCAGCAAUUGCCCUGGGGAAGCUCUGUGUCUCUGAGCCAAGGCAUAUUUUUCAACUGAGGGAACUCAAUGGCCUGGCUAUCCUGAAUUCCUCCAUGAAGUAUGUGCAUAGCACCUGA